CCCGCUGCAGUCGCGGGCGCUGCGGUGCCGGCGCGGCGGCAUGGCGGCGGUGGCGGGCCCGGGCCGCGGCGGCGGCUGGGGCUGGGGCCGGGGCUGGGGCCGGAGCCGCGGCGCCGUGCUGCUGCUCUUCUUCUCGCUGUCGCCGCGGCCGCCGGCCGGGGCCGCCUGGCUGCUGGGGCUGCGGCCCGAGGACACGGCCCCGGGCAGGGUGUCGCUGGAGGGCGGCGCGGUGCAGGCGGCCGAGGGCAGCCGCUUCCUGCUGCGCCUCUACUUCCAGCCGCCGCCCGAGGGCAACGGGAGCCGCGGGCCGGCCGGCGAGCGGGAGCCGCGGCUGGUGUUCAUCGAGGAGCCGGCGGCGGGCAAGGCGGCGCGGGGCCCCGCGGAGCGGUGCCGGGAGCGCAGCGCCUGGGCCUCGGACGUGGAGGUGGUGGGCCCGCUGCGCUCGGGGGGCUCGGCGGGCUCGGCGCUGGCCGAGGUGCGGGUGCGGGAGCCGCGCAAGGGCGAGGCGGCGGCGGGCCCGGCGGGGCGGCUCUUCUCGCUGUGCGCCUGGGACGGGCGGGCCUGGGCGCACCACGGCGCGGCCGGCGGCUUCCUGCUGCGGGUGCGGCCGGCGGCGCCGGCGCUGGGCGCCUGGCUGCUGCCGCUGCCCGAGGCGGGCUGGCUGCGGGCGCUGGGCGCCCUGCUGCUGCUGGGGCUCUCGGCGCUCUUCAGCGGGCUGCGCCUCUCGCUGCUCUCGCUGGACCCGCUGGAGCUGCGCGUCCUGCGCAACAGCGGCUCGGCCGCGGAGCGCGAGCAGGCGCGGCGGGUGCAGGCGGUGCGCGGCGGCGGCGGCACCUACCUGCUGUGCACGCUGCUGCUGGGGCAGGCGGGGGCCAACGCGGCGCUGGCCGGCUGGCUGUGCGCCUCGCUGCCCGGCGGCGGCGGCGCGGCGGCGGCGGGCGGCCCGCGGGGAGCGCCCUGGCUGCCGGUGCUGCUCUGCGCCGCCGCCGUCUUCCUGGGCGGCGAGGUGCUGCCCUACUCGGUGUGCUCGCGGCACGGGCUGGCCAUCGCGUCGCGCACGCUGUGCCUCACGCGGCUGCUGAUGCUGGCCGCCUUCCCGCUGUGCUACCCGCUGAGCCGGCUGCUGGACUGGGCGCUGCGGCAGGAGCUCAGCGCCUUCUCCACGCGCGAGCGGCUGCUGGAGACGCUGCGCGCCGCCGGCCCCCACGGCGACCUGGUGCGGGAGGAGCUGGCCAUGGUGCAGGGCGCGCUGGAGCUGCGCACCAAGGUGGUGGAGGACGUGCUCACGCCGCUGGCCGACUGCUUCAUGCUGCGCGCCGACGCCGUGCUCGACUUCGCCACCGUCUCCGAGAUCCUCCGCUCCGGCUACACGCGCAUCCCCGUCUACGAGGGCGACCGGCGCGACAACAUCGUGGACCUGCUCUUUGUCAAGGAUCUGGCCUUCGUGGACCCCGACGACUGCACGCCGCUGCAGACUGUCACCCGCUUCUACCGCCGCCCGCUCCACUGCGUCUUCAACGACACGCGCCUCGACACGCUGCUCGAGGAGUUCAAGAAGGGAAAGUCCCACCUGGCCAUUGUGCAGCGGGUGAACAACGAAGGGGAAGGAGACCCGUUCUACGAGGUGAUGGGCAUUGUCACCUUGGAGGAUGUCAUUGAGGAGAUCAUCAAGUCCGAGAUCCUGGAUGAGACGGAUCUGUACACGGACAACCGGAAGAAGGAGCGGGUGCCCCACCGGGGGCGUAAGCCCCAGGACUUCUCCAUCUUCAGACUCUCAGACAGCGAGAUGAAGGUGAAGAUCUCCCCACAGCUGCUGCUGGCUACACAUCGGUUUAUGGCAACAGAAGUCGAGCCUUUCAAGUCCCCCUACCUCUCCGAGAAGAUCCUGCUGCGGCUCCUGAAACACCCCAACGUCAUCCAGGAGCUCAAGUACGACCGGAAGAACAAGAAGGCCUUGGAGCAUUACCUCUACCAGCGCAACCGCCCUGUUGACUACUUCGUUCUCAUCCUGCAGGGGAAAGUGGAGGUGGAGGUUGGCAAGGAAGGGCUGCGUUUUGAGAAUGGGGCAUUCACCUACUAUGGUGUCCCAGCCAUCAUGGCUGUCAUCUCCUCAGAUAAUGACGUGCGGAAAGUGAGCAGCCUGGCUGGAUCCUCCUUCCUACUGCCUGUCUCAGUGUCACGUACCUUCGCCUUCAGCAGAGGGGACUCCCUGGCCGGCUCCCCAGUAAACAGGUCCCCGUCCCGGUGCAGCGGGCUGAACCGCUCCGAGUCCCCGAACCGGGAGCACGACUACGGAGGCAGCACCACCCAGCUCUACAGCAGCAGCAACAACAUCUACACCCCCGACUACUCCGUGCACAUCCUCUGCGACGUGCAGUUCGUCAAGAUCACCCGGCAGCAGUACCAGAACGCACUGGUGGCCAGCCGCAUGGACAGCUCGCCCCAGUCCCCGGACAUGGAGGCCUUCAACGACAGGGAUUCGACCAAGGCCUCGACAGCUCGGGGAACCCCCCAGACACCCAAAGAGGACACCACCACCCUCCUGAACGAGAGGAACAGCAUCAUGUGCAGCCGGGCCGACGGGCUGCGCAGCCCCAGCGAGUCCGUGUUCUUGCGCAUGGAGGGGAUCCCCUUCAUCCAGGAGGAGCUGGCUGACAACGAGGAGAACAGCAAGCGGCAGAUGAGUGCUGCGGCACCGCCCUGGACACGGAGUCCCCGGGCAGAGAGGCCGGGACCUCAUCUCCGAGCAGCACCGAGGAGACCCUGGGCAAGAGGCUGCUGAGAUCGCUGAGUGGGCGCAAGCAGCGGCAGUCACUGGAGGGUGAACAGGCACCAGAGGAGAGCUCCAAUCUCGCCCCGUUAAUCACCUGAGUAGUAGUGUGGCCGGAGCACAGUGCUGGAGGCCCAUGCGGACUGGAGGUAGGACCGUACCUGUCGGUGGAGCAUCCCUCCCCCAGCAACUGGGAAGUUGCUCACUUUUAAUAGUGUGAAACUGAGUUUGUCUUUCAAGUUGCAAAUCCAAAGGAUGUGGCUUGGAGGUCUGCAGAGAGACCCAUGCUGGGUCAGCAAGAGCAGUCCUGUGCAGGCACACAUAUAGCUGGGGCUGGAGCAGGGUUAGAGGGAUGCAGUAAUGGAAUCCAACCAUCUCUUGGCUAGGAACGGGGGUAGGAGAGCAAGUGAGACCUUGAUCUGUACUUCCACAGAUACGAACAAGUAUCUGUGCCAAUAUGCCACAGUUUGGCUAGGAAAGGCACUGCAAGUUUGGGCAAUAGUUGGCCAGGGAGAACGGGCUCUGGCCAGCAGGUCAGGGACCUACCUGCACCAGGCUGUGCUUGUGUCUUCCAGGUCUGCAGCAUGGGGGUCUCCUGCCAUGAGUCUCAAGUUCAACAGCAGCAGGUCUGUACUCGCUCGCUGCCUGCCUGCCUGCCCGCCUGCCCGCUCAUGCCGCCCCUCCCUGAAGGACUUGCGCAGAGCCCCAUCCCCAGGCGAGAAAGGAUGUGCCCCCGGGGGGGGCUGAACCAGCUCAGGCAGCCUGGACAAGCUCGCUGGAGUCUGAGGGCCCUUGCCCAGGUGCUCCCUGGUAGCAUCUGGUCUCAAGGAAGAGGUGGAGAAAGGAAAGGUGGAGAAGUGUCUGGCAUGGUGUCCCUGCAGGCAGAGCAGGGAGGGGCGGCCCAACCCAGAACUGCCCUUAGCAUCAUUUACCAUCCCCAUCCCAGCGAGGCCCGGCGCCCCGCAUGCUGGGUGCUGCACAGACGUGGUCUCCGCCAUAAGGAGCACAUGCUGUUCGGGGGUGCCACAAGCAGCUCAGGGCCCCAGUACACGUUUGUGCUGUGCCUAGUGACACGCACAUUCACAGGACCUUGCGCACACUGACCAUCAACGCAACCCAGCACUCCCACACCCCUGCAAGCCACAGGGAAGGGAGCCCAACACCCCGCUGAGUGUCCCCUUCCCUUUCUGGGGAGGGCCGCUCCACGCUGCAUUUAACCAUCCUCCUCUCUGCACAUGGCUACCUGUGCAAGGGAGGCUCGCGCUGAGCCUUCAAGUUGGUGCAGACCAGUCAGUAGUUUUUGCAGAGGCUGAAUGCAAUGGGGAUAUUAACAUUAAAAGUGAACUCUUGCUGAGUGA